AUGGUGUUGUACGAUACUCUGACGAGAGGGCUUCGUCAGCUUUAUGAAUUGGAUGUCAGUGUGUGUGAGUUAACAGAUCGAUGUAUUCCUACACUAGUGAAAGCACUGCAGGAUAAACAUUGUCAAUUGACUGUUCUAUCACUGGGGUUCAGUGCCAUAGGUGAUAAAGGUGCAUGUAGAUUGUUUGAAGAUGCCUUGACAAAAGAACAUUGUAAGCUUACUAUGUUGGAUCUUGAAAGGUGUUCGUUAACGGAUCAAUGCAUACCCAGUUUGUGUAAGGCACUGCAAGAUGGACGUUGUCAACUGGUUGCUCUAUCACUGAGAAAUAAUGCCAUAGGUGAUGAAGGUGUAGGUAUGUUAUUCGAAGAUGCUUUGACAAAAGAGCAUUGUAAGCUUAUGGUGUUGGAUCUUGCUGAGCGUUCGUUAACGGAUCAAUGCAUACCCAGUUUGUGUAAGGCAUUGCAAGAUGAACGGUGUCAACUGAUUUUUCUAUCACUGGGCUUCACGGCCAUAGGUGAUAAAGGUGUAGGUAUAUUGUUUGAAGAUGCCCUGACAAAAGAGCAUUGCAAGCUUACUGAAUUGAAUCUUGAAGGAUGUUGGUUAACAGAUCAAUGUAUACCCACUUUGCGUAAGGCACUGCGAGAUGAACAUU